AGCACGUGGCUGCGCUGACUCAGCGCCCCGAGCGGAUAAAGCCGCGGCUGUCGCGCCCGUCCCGGAGCCUGGCUCUUUGUCACCGUCCCCGUGGCGAGCCAGGGUCCCCGUGUGCCAUGGAGCUGCCGUGGCUGGGCGAGCACUGCUCCGAGCGCUCCUGCAAACAGCUGGAUUUCCUUCCUCUGAAAUGUGACGCUUGUGGGGAAGUGUUCUGUAAAGAUCACAUCCGAUACGAUGACCACAAGUGCAGCUCUGCCUACAAGAAAAAUGUGCAGGUGCCAGUGUGUCCCCUCUGUAACACACCUAUCCCAGUGCAGAAGGGAGAAAUCCCAGAUAUUGUGGUUGGAGCCCACAUAGAUAAGGACUGCAAAUACAACCCAGCACAGCAAAAACAGAAGAUCUUCACAAACAAAUGCACAAAGCCAGGCUGCAAAAGGAAAGAGAUGAUGAAGGUGGUUUGUGAGCAGUGUGGUGGCAGCUUCUGCAUAAAACACCGGCAUCCUCUGGAUCAUGACUGCAGAGGGAGCAGCCAGCCCAUCUCCAAGGCAGGAUAUGCAGCUCUGAUGAGAGCAUCUCAUCCCACCUUCAAGUCCCCGGGAGCAAUUGGAGUGCCAUCUAAUGGGAAUUGUCAGCACAACAGGUGCAGAUAGUAGAGGCUCUUCACAUCUGGAUCAAACUUUUAAAAUUAAGUCAAUAUUUUCUCUCUUUAAAUUUCUAUGCAAUUCACUUAUUUUUGUAUCAUAAUUAUGUAUGCAUUCAAUAAACUGUUACCCUUUCAAAGCCA